CGCCAAGUUUAGUAGCAACAGUAAACUAUUUCACAUUUUUUUUCGGAUCCAAUUUCCAUUCUUGAAUUUUGUUUUGAGGAUGGCUGGGAAAGGUGAAGGUCCCGCGAUCGGAAUCGAUUUAGGCACGACGUAUUCAUGCGUCGGAGUAUGGCAGCAUGACCGUGUCGAAAUCAUCGCGAAUGAUCAGGGUAACAGGACCACUCCGUCUUAUGUUGCGUUUACAGACGGAGAGCGUCUUAUUGGUGAUGCUGCUAAGAAUCAAGUCGCCAUGAAUCCUAUGAACACAGUCUUCGAUGCAAAACGACUUAUUGGUAGGAGAUUCAGUGACACAUCUGUACAGGAUGACAUGAAGUUAUGGCCAUUCAAGGUCAGUUCUGGUCCGGCAGAAAAGCCCAUGAUUGGGGUCUCUUACAAAGGUGAGGAUAAACAGUUUUCAGCUGAGGAGAUCUCCUCAAUGGUCCUCACCAAAAUGCGCGAAAUCGCCGAAGCUUUCGUGGGAUCGACUGUCAAAAACGCAGUUGUUACGGUCCCUGCAUACUUCAACGACUCGCAAAGGCAAGCCACGAAAGAUGCUGGUGUCAUAGCGGGUUUAAACGUGAUGCGUAUCAUCAACGAGCCGACUGCUGCAGCCAUUGCUUAUGGUCUAGACAAGAAAGCGUCUAGUGCUGGUGAGAAAAACGUGCUUAUUUUCGACCUCGGUGGUGGUACGUUUGAUGUAUCGAUUCUUACGAUCGAAGAGGGUAUCUUUGAAGUGAAAUCGACUGCGGGUGACACGCAUCUUGGAGGUGAAGACUUUGAUAACCGAAUGGUGAAUCAUUUUGUUCAAGAGUUUAAAAGAAAACACAAAAAGGAGAUUAAUGGGAGCCCGAGAGCUUUGAGACGGUUAAGAACCGCGUGUGAGCGAGCUAAACGGACGUUGUCAUCGACCGCUCAAACCACAAUCGAGAUCGAUUCGUUAUACGAAGGGGUAGAUUUCUACACCACCAUGACUCGUGCACGAUUCGAAGAACUUAACAUGGAUCUUUUCAGAAAGUGUAUGGAACCGGUUGAGAAAUGCUUGAGAGACGCUAAAAUGGACAAGAAAUCGGUUCACGAAAUCGUACUCGUGGGCGGAUCUACACGUAUCCCAAAAGUACAGAACUUGUUACAAGAUUUCUUUAACGGAAAAGAGCUUUGCAAAAGCAUCAACCCUGACGAGGCCGUUGCGUAUGGUGCAGCCGUUCAAGCCGCCAUCUUAAGCGGCGAAGGAAACGAAAAGGUACAAGAUUUGUUACUUCUAGACGUCACCCCGUUGUCUCUAGGUCUAGAGACAGCCGGCGGUGUCAUGACGGUUUUGAUCCCAAGAAACACGACGAUUCCCACCAAAAAGGAGCAAGUUUUCUCAACUUAUUCCGAUAACCAACCCGGUGUUUUGAUCCAAGUAUAUGAAGGAGAAAGAACCCGAACACGAGACAACAAUUUGUUAGGAAAGUUUGAGCUUUCGGGCAUUCCUCCCGCCCCUCGCGGGGUUCCUCAGAUUAACGUUUGUUUCGACAUUGACGCAAACGGUAUUUUGAAUGUUUCCGCCGAAGAUAAAGUUGGCGGGAAGAAGAAUAAGAUAACAAUUACUAAUGAUAAAGGGAGAUUAUCAAAGGAAGACAUUGAGAAAAUGGUGCAAGAAGCUGAGAAAUAUAAGGCUGAAGAUGAAGAGCAUAAGAAGAAAGUUGAGGCUAAAAACAGUUUGGAAAACUAUGCUUAUAACAUGAGGAACACUAUCAGCGACGAAAAAGUGUCGGAAAAGAUUGCGGCUGGGGAUAAAAAGAAGAUGGAGGAUGCAAUUGAGCAAACUAUCAACUGGUUAGAUGCAAACCAGUUAGGUGAGGUGGAUGAGUUUGAGGAUAAAAUGAAGGAACUAGAGGCGAUUUGUAACCCGAUUAUCGCAAAGAUGUAUCAGGGCGGUGGUGGUGUCCCAGAUGCCACCGCCGCUAGUGCAGGAGCCCCUCCGGCUAGUGGCGCCAGCGGUGCCGGACCCAAGAUUGAAGAAGUUGAUUAAACUGCUCUUGUUUAGAGAAAUUUGGUUGGUUUUUUUAGAUCACCUAUUUUUGGAAUUUGGUAGCUAAUAAGAUAGGAUAAGUAAUGUUAUAUUUUCAUGAUGAAUAAAGCUUAUUGAGUUGGAAAAAGUUAAUAUUCAAUUCUUUGAUAAAUAUUGAGUUAACUGUCACUUUCGUCUCUGUGGUUUGGUGGAAAAUGCCACUUCAGUCC